UCCAAGAUAUUCACAGGCCUCGAUCUUGAUUUUCUGCUAAACAUUUACUUCCCUAACCCUAAUUUUAGCUGCUGAAGUUCUACUUCUCCAAUUGAUUUAAGAAAUUGACCUUCUGGCGAAGAGGGCGAGAGAGAGAAGCGAGUCAAUGGAGACUCACAUCAGCCACAGUCCCUUCGACAGACGCCCCAUGUCCCGCUCUAGAGGCCCUGCCGUUAAAUGGUUCAAGGAAUGGGUGCCGCAAGAUAUUGUUUCAAAUGGUGGGAAAUGCCUUGUCUUGAAAUGGGUUAAUGAGGCAACGAUGAGGGCCAUGAAGGAGAAGUCAAAAGAGUCAGAAGUGGCUGAGCCCGAGCCUGAACCCACAACAGAAGUUCUCUUCUUAUGCAGCUAUGAAGGCUGUGGGAAGACAUUUAUAGAUGCUGGAACAUUGAGGAAGCACUCUCAUAUUCAUGGGGAGAGACAAUAUGUUUGCCAUUAUGAAAAUUGUGGGAAGAAAUUUUUGGACAGUUCCAAACUAAAGAGGCACUUUUUAAUUCAUACUGGGGAGAGAGACUUUGUGUGUCCACAUGAAGGCUGUGGUAAGGCGUUCUCUUUGGACUUCAAUCUCAGGUCACAUAUGAAGACACAUGCGCAGGAGAACUAUCAUAUUUGCCCAUAUUCUGACUGUGGAAAACGAUACGCCCACGAAUACAAGCUAAAGAAUCACAUAGCAUCUCAUCACGAGAAGGCGAAUGUGAUGGAAACGCCCAAAUAUGUUAUGCCUCCUGAAAAGCCCGUGAAAACUCCGAGGUCUACAACAGGAGCAACUCCGAGAUCUACAACAGGAGCAACUCCGAGGUCUACAACGGGCCCUGCAUCAUCAGACCGGCCACAUGCCUGUCCGUAUGAAGGGUGUGAGAAGGCUUACAUUCAUGAAUACAAGCUAAAUCUUCAUCUGAGGCGAGAGCAUCCCGGCCAUUUUCCAGAUGAGAAUGCUAAGGCCAACCAACAAAACACCGAACAUGAGAUGGAUGAAGGCAGUGAUCAAGAUGCGUACGCUGGUAAACGUGGAAAUAGUAAAGUCCGUAAACAAAGCAGGCCAAAGCCGAACCUGAAGCAGCCACCUUCAAAGGUUUCUCGCCGUAAGACUUCUACUGUUUCACCUGUCAAUUUGAAUUUGGUGAAGAAACAUCGACCUCUCAAGGAGGAAAUAUACGAAGAAGAAGAUAGUGAAGAAACGGAAGAGGAACGAGAGAAUAUUGCAGAAGGGUGGAGAUACAGCAACAACAAUGAGGAUGAUGAUGAAGAGACAGAAUAUGAGGAUUGAGUUAAAACUAUUUUUCUGUUUAGAUGAACAUAAGAGUGCAUUUUUUAUCUUUCAAAUCUUCAAAUAACAUGUUAUAUAGACUAAGAUUAUUCUUUAUAGUCAGUUUAGAGUUUAGAUUA